AUGAAUCAAUGGUUAUGUUUUGGUAAAGGUUUCAGUGAAUCAGUAGUCUUGUGUUUGCUCUGUGGGGAGGAACAUGUGGAUAUAGAGAAACCAACAGGGAUCCAUGAAAGCGCAUAUGCCCUUUCAAAUUUGAGGAAUUGGAUAAGGCAUUCUAAAGUUAGUGAGAUCAGCUUGUGCAGGCAAGAUCACCACCACCAUCAACCAGUCUACAACGACGACAACCUCGACGAUGACGUCGACGUUGACGGUGAUGACGACUCCACUUCCUCCCCUUCCCUCGCCGGCGAGGUUACCAUAGCCGUCUCCGGCGUUGGCGUCUCCCCCAGUGAUUCUCUUGCCCUUUACCCCGAUCUUAAAAGACGUCGUCUCGAUGAUUUCACUAUUCCCGUUAUUCUGCCAGAGAAGAAGCCAUCGGCGACUUUCGACGACUCUCAACGGAAGCUGUUUCAACGUCUGUGGACUGACGAGGACGAGAUUGAGCUGUUACAAGGAUUCCUCGACUACACGACGCAGCGCGGCUUGAAUAACUCCUCGACGCCGCAGCACCAUUACGAUACGACUGCGUUUUACGACCAGAUCAAGAGCAAAUUCCAGCUGGAUUUCAACAAGAACCAGCUGGUCGAGAAGCUCCGGCGGUUGAAGAAGAAGUACAGGACUGUGAUGAGCAAGAUGGGAUCAGGUAAGGAAUUCGUCUUCAAGAGCGCUCACGAUCACGCCACUUUCGAAAUCUCUCGCAAGAUCUGGACUAAUGUAGGCUCCGCCGUCCGCGGCGGCGCUAACGGCGUUGCGGGUGCUGUCGUUCUCUAUGCCCCACCGGAAGACGGUGGAUUGGAUGAUGACGAUGCUCACGUUAACCCUAACCCUUAUGCUAAUGAUCUCAUUGAUCAUAGCCCUAAGUUUAACCUUAACUCUAACCCUAACGGAAUUGACAUUAAAACUCCGAGAUCACGAAAGCGAUCUCCAGCUGCAUCUACAGAAGCAGUUAAAGUCGAGCAACAACCUUACCAGCCAUCCGGUGGCAGCACUACCGUGCCAUUGGCAGCUGAGCCCGUGUCUGGCGUUGCAGCCACGGCCACAGCUACGGUGGCUGCUUCAAUGCCUAGCUUGAUUGAGGAAACAGUGAGGAAUUGUGUAUCACCAAUUUUCAAGGAGUUGUUGAACAGUGUGGCGAAUUUGAAUGGGCCCAGCAGAGGGUUAGGAUUCGGAGGAAUGGGGAUGAGUCCGAUCCCAUUAGGUUUCGGGGGAGGUGCAAUGAGCAUGGAAAUGAUGGGGGACGAGAAAUGGAGGAAGCAACAGAUGUUAGAGUUGGAAGUGUAUUCGAAGAGAUUAGAGCUGGUUCAAGAUCAGAUCAAAGCACAAUUGGAGGAGCUGAGAUCAAUGGGAAGUUAG